AUGAAACCAGCAGCAAAAGUUUUUGCAAACCUGCAGUAUUAUCAGGCCCAGAAGAAACCAACCGGUCGGCGUUUUAAAAUUAAAGACAAAGUUCUCUCUCUUUCUUUAUUUAAAAGAAGUCCCAAGUGUUAUUCCCUAAUGUCAAAAUAUUUUAUACUUCCUUUGGCUAAGUCUUUAAAGCAGUUGCUUGCGAAAGUUGAACUUGGUGCUGACACUCAAGAUAAACUGUGUACAGUUAUAUUUGAUGAGAUGUCAAUUACACCUGAAAUUAAUUAUGACUCAUCGAAAGAUGAAUUAAAAGGAUUUGCUAGUCAUGGUAAAAACCUAAUAGCAAACCAUGCUCUCGUAUUUAUGAUUAAAGGCAUAAGGAGUCAGUAUAAACAACCUGUUGCAUAUUAUUUUACAAAUUCAUUAAAUAAGUUUGAAUUAAAAACAAUUAUAAAGGAAGUCAUCAAAAAUGUUAAGAAAAGUGGAUUAAUUGUAUUAGCUACUGUUUGUGAUCAAAGCACAGUAAAUGUGGGAGCCAUUGAAGAGCUAAUAAAAGAAACCAAGGCUAACUAUUCAAGGAAAGGGAACAAUGUGGCUCAUAAUUUUUUUGAGCAUAAUGGAAAAAAAUUAUUCCAUUAUAUGAUGUCCCUCAUUUAA